AUGUCGGACAUCAAAAAAUUGCUAAAGGAGGCCAAACAAGAAUUGACAAAGCGGAAUUAUGAGGAAACUAUCGAAGUAUCAGAAAAGGUCCUUACAUUAGACCCUGAUAAUUAUUUCGCACAUAUCUUUUUAGGAAAAGCAUUCUCAAAUCUUUCACUUGAUGGUGAAGUCAGUUCAAGUCGUAAUCUUCAGAUUGCUGCCACUCAUUAUAUAUCUGCCACAAAAUCGGACCCUGACAACCUCUUAGCCUGGAAGGGUCUUUUCCUUUUAUUCAAGACCACAGAGAUUAUCCCAGAUAAACUUUCGUAUGAUGAGUACUUUGAUUUAUGUGGUCAAUAUGCAGACGCACUUUUAAAGCAGGAACAACCUCUGGUUGAGCUUAUAAACGACAUAAAGUUAUUAAAGAAAACGCACCCAGAUUGCCAAAGAGCUUUUUACCAACAUUUGAAACCUGGAUCAUUAAUGGCGGAAACUAUUGGCCGUCAUUUAUCUACGCCUCAGAAUGCCUUAUUGAAUCUUAUAAAGAUCCUGUCAAACAUGGAAAUCAUGGAAAUUGGUAAAGCCGUUAGUCAGAAUAGGCUAAAACUAAAAGCCAGCGAUCCUGACUAUCAAAUCAAACUAAACUCAUUCUCUUGGGAGAUUAUCAAAAAUUCAGAGAUUGAUCAGCUAUACAAUCAGUUAGUAAAUAUUCUCACUGAUGACCAAUUGAGAGGUGAAAUCGAAAACCAGUGGCUGGAAUACAGGAUCAAAGUACUAAAAUCAAUGCCGUUGGAUGUAAAGAAAGAUUUUUUCUUAAAAGUCAAGGAUACAGUAGAAGAUAUGGUUCUUGUCGAUCAUCAAUCUCUACUCGCCUGGCAGAAAUUUUUCGAGUGGAAGGAUUACGAAGACCUAGAUAACAUGGAUGCUGCGUUGAUUUUGAAGUAUUUUAGAAAGUUUCCGAAGGAUCCACUAGCCAUGAUUCUUUAUUCUUGGCUUUCUUCGAAGCUAUCUAAAUAUGAUAUCAAGAGUCUGGAAUCUGCUGACCGAUCACCUGGAAGUGAUCUUAAGGAGGGGAAUGGAGCAGAUAUCAAGAGUGCGGAGGAAGAAAAUGAACGUGAAGGUGAAGAUCACGAUAAACAAGAAAUAAAAGAUCAAGAUGAAAACGAAACAAGAGAAGAUGAAGAUGAAGAUCUCGACGACAUAGAAAUUGGUUUACUGGAAGAUGAAGUUGUGACUGUAUUAAGAGAAAAUAUAGUCAAGUGUAAAAACAAUAUCCUUGCGCAUCGAAUCCUGUGCCAAUAUUAUCUACUCACUAAAGAAUACGAGGCGGCUUUACCAUACAUUAAAACAGGUAUUUCCUUAAUUGCCUACAACAUCAAGGAUUUGGGGGCUUAUUUGUUAUUAACAAAAAGAGAAUUUUCUCUGGACCUGGCGACUGUUUAUACCUAUGUUGAUGCUCCGAAGGACCACAAUGCUGCUUUAAAAUUAUAUGAUAAUAUUUUAUCUGGUGAUUCCGAUAAUAUACAGGCAAAAAUGGGGAAAGGUAUAAUUUUUAUUGAAAGGAAAAAUUGGGAAGAUGCUAUGACUUUAUUGACCCAAGUACAUGAACAGUCUCCUGAUAAUUUGGAAGUUUUAUCUGAACUAUCAUGGAGUAAAGCCUAUAUGGGUUAUAUGGAUGAAGCAUUAGUUGGCUUGGCUAAUGUGGUCAAGAGUGUUAAGGGUAUGGAUUUACGUUCCAUAGAUUUCAGAGCAUUGAACUUAUGGAGGCAAGCAAAAGUUUAUAUCAUGAAGCAUGUUUCUGUCAACGAUUCUAAAGAAGAUAACGUUAAAUGUGCGUUCAAAUUACUGAUUCAGAGUAUUAAAAUCUUGGAUACAUUUGCCCCUGGGUUUUCGACGUUGGGCGAUAUAUAUUACCACUACUAUAAAGACUAUUCGAGGGCAUUUAAAUGCUACUUCAAAGCGUUCGAUCUCGAUGCGGGUGAUUAUACGGCUGCGAAGUAUAUUACAGAAACAUACGCAAGCAAGCCCAAUUGGCAAGCUGCAUCCUCUAUCGCUUCAAGAUUAAUUAAAGGUGAAAAAGCGAAGGCAGAACUGCGUUCGAAUAAUUGGCCAUUCAGAGUUGUAGGAAUUGCACAUUUGGAAAAACAAGAAGAAAGUGAUUCUAUCGAGUGGUUUCAGUCCGCUCUACGUGUCGAUCCGAACGAUGUUGAGUCAUGGGUAGGCUUGGGACAAGCAUACCAUGCAUGUGGUCGUAUAGAAGCAUCGAUCAAAGUCUUUGACAAGGCGAUUGGGCUUAAGCCUUCUCAUACUUAUGCGCAAUACUUUAAGGCUGUAUCCCUAUGUGAUAUGGGCGAGUAUCUUGAAAGUUUGGAGAUACUAGAAAAAGUGUGCCAGGAAGUGGCUUCAGAAGAAUCUUUUCAGAUUGGAUUGGUGGAUGUACUUAUGAAGUACUCCUUGAAUUUAUAUUCUCAAGGUUUUUUGUUGAAAUCAGUCGCAAUUGCCAAUGACACUAUCGAAAGGAUCAAGAUAAUUAUCACCAAGUUGAAAUGCGUUAAUCAACAAAUUUGGAUCUGCCUUUCUCAAGUCUUGAAGUUGUUCAUUUGGAUAGAGUCAAAGGUCGAUACUUUACCUGUCGAAUCGUUAGUAUCAAUUUUUGAAAUUUCUAUAAAUUCUGGGAGUGAGGAAAUUGAUUCAAUUGACAAUGUCAAAAUUGACACUCUUCUUGAUUGCACUACUGAUGAUAAUGUGUCCAUCGCGUGUAAGUUUUUGAUUCUAUCUUCAAAGUAUAGUGUUUCUAGCCAAAGCAUUUCGGAUGUCGCAGGGACGGUUAGGGCAUCAUACUGGUAUAAUAUCGGUAUCUCUGAGCUUACCGCAUUUGUUACCUUAAAAGAACCCCAAUAUAGAGAUGCUGCUAUUUUUGCUUUCAAGAAAUCGAUUCAAUUGCAAUCUAAUACAAGUGAAGCCUGGAUUGGACUGGGUGUAGCAACUAUGGAUAUGAACUUUCGCGUCUCCCAGCAUUGCUUCAUUAAAGCGACCGCUUUAGAACCUAAGGCCACUGAUAUUUGGUUUAACUUGGCUAUGUUGGGCUUGAAGAAAAACGAUACCGACUUUGCUCAGCAAGUCCUUAAUAAGUCACAGAGUCUUGCCCCACAGGAUUCGUCGCCUUGGCUAGGUAUGGCCUUGAUUCUUGAGAAGCAAGGAAACAUUGUUGAAAGUUCUAAACUCUUUGCUCAUUCGUUCAUAUUAUCUAAUGGAAGGUCAAAAGCUGCGCAGUUACUGUAUGCUAAAAAUGUCCUUGAAAAUCACAUUGACAAUGGUGAUGAUGAAAGAGAUAUCGAAACAAUAGAAAAACUAACCGCCGUUUCAAUCGCUUUAGAACAGUUCUUUAAAAAAAGUUCCGGAAAUACAUUUGCUAUUCAAUGUGCUCUGUUAACUCUUGAAAGAUUACAUCACUAUGAACCUGCAAACAAACUAGCUAAUCAAUUGACAGAAAUUUUGGAGAAAAGGUUUGAGAAAACUCAGGAUGAAAGAGAACUGUUUAAUUUUGGGAUAGUUAAGGGACAGUUCGCCCGUAUUCAUCUAGGUUUAGGAAACUUCGAUCUAUCCAUUGAAAACGCUGAUCUAUCUCAAGGUAUUAUAUCCGAAUACAGUAACGAAAAGUCAAUAAAAACAAAAACAUCUAAUCACAUUUGUUUAGGACUUAGUUAUUUCUUCUUAAACGACUUUGAUCAGACUUUAAGCCAAUUUCAAGAACUGCUAAGCAUUUCGAAGGAAUCCAAGCAUUUGGUAGUUUUAAUUGCUAAGGUGCUUUAUGACGUAGGUGAGACUGACACAAAAGAAAUUGCACUACAGGAACUAACGGAAUAUAUAUCCGCUAACGGAACGGACUUGUUGAUAGCAAUUACCAUUGCAGCCAUAUCAAUUCUGGAUGAUAAGCACGAUGAUUUACGUAUUAUUUUAGAUGAGUUGAAAGCUUUGCCAUUAUCUAGUCUAAUAAUGGACAAGCAUAAAGAUACACCAUACUUGAUAGAAGAAAUCACGAAAAGACUUUAUCAUGACGACACCGGUAACCAAGUAUGGCAAAGAAGCGCAUAUUUUUUCCCAAAUAAUCUCAAGGUUUGGGAGAGAUUGGACAAGAAUAUUCAGCGUAAAAUAGCUUCUGAUGGUCAAAACAAAGUUACCGCGGAAGAGAUGAGUAAACUAUACUGUCAAAGCAAGAAUUUGAGAAGCGUCCAAAGAAGUUUAUUCCUAUGUCCUUGGAAUGAAACUGCUGUGAACGCGUUGAAAGAGUGCUUUUAG